UGGUUAGUGGCUCACAUUAUAUCAUCACUCGAAUAGUCAAGUGCAGGCUUAAAGCAUAUCAAGUGUAAGCUAACAGCAUACAGCAUUCAACUUGUCCAGUAAAAGCUUGAAAAUAUCAGUAUUCGACAUUACUUGGAUAGACUAACAGCAUACGAAUACUCUGCCUGGUAAGUAGGCCUAAAAGCCCACACGUCAACAACUAUCAAUUUGCUAUGUCUAUGAUCACAGCAUAUCAUUAGGAGACGUGGCUACAGUUUGGCUAACACAAACAGCAUAUCUUCACUUUGCUUGUGUAGGCUAACAGCAUAUCAUAACUCGACAUUACGAGUAAAGCGGGAUAUCAACACUCGUCUUUUUAGCUUAGGUUUCAGAAUAUCAACUUAGAAUCUAAGUGAAGGCUCACACUCAAAGAAUAUCAACAUUUAAAGUGCCAUCAUAUCAAAUCUUGACUCGCUAGGUGUAUUGUCACAGCCUAUCAAUACUUGACUCGCUUGUUACGACAAUGACCACCCCCACACAUUUAUUCAAAGCACCGACCAACAGAUUAAUUCCAUGUCCAGCGUGUUUUGACUCUUCACCGAGAAGCCAAAGUGUACGCUAUACAAACCUGGGCAAGUCUGGUCUGCGAGUGUCCAACAUUGGCUUUGGUACAUGGGUCACGUUCGGUGGACAGGUCACCGAUGAGGUUGCAGAAGAGCUCCUUACCGUCGCUUACGAGAGAGGCAUAAACUUUUUUGACACUGCUGAAGUGUAUUCUGCUGGCAAAGCAGAACUUGUUCUAGGGAAAAUUUUAAAGAAGAAACAAUGGCGAAGGUCAAGUUAUAUCAUUUCCACCAAGAUCUACUGGGGUGGCAAAGCAGAAACUGAGAAAGGCUUGUCAAGGAAACAUAUCAUUGAAGGGAUUCAAGCUUCAUUAGGGAGGCUUCAAUUAGAUUAUGUGGAUAUUGUGUUUGCAAACAAAGCAGAUUCUCACGUCCCAAUGGAAGAGAUUGUUAGAGCUAUGACUUUUGUCAUUAAUCAAGGUUGGGCAAUGUACUGGGGAACAUCCCGCUGGUCAACUAUGGAGAUAAUGGAGUCAUACUCUGUUGCCAGACAAUUCAAUUUGAUUCCACCAAUAGCAGAACAAGCUGAGUACCAUUACUUCCAAAGAGAGAAAGUAGAAAUACAGAUGCCAGAGAUGUAUCACAAGAUUGGUGUAGGGACUAUUACCUGGUCACCUCUGGCUUGUGGAAUUCUAUCUGGCAAGUAUGAUGAUGGAAUUCCAAUUUAUUCUAGGGCAGCACUCAAGGGCUACAAUUGGUUGAAAGAAAAAAUCUUAAGUGAAGAGGGCAGACGACAGCAGGCCAAACUCAGGGACAUAGCCAUCAUAGCUGACCAGCUGGGUUGUUCCUUGGCACAGUUGGCUAUUGCCUGGUGUGUGAAAAAUGAAAAUAUCAGUCAAGUAUUACUUGGAGCCUCAACUGUAGAUCAACUGUGUGAGGACAUCCAGGCACUUCAGUACGUGCCCAAGCUGACUGGUGCAAUUAUGGAGGAAAUAGAAAGGAUACUGGGUAACAAGCCACGCCCACGGGACUAUGGCAGGCCAAGAAUCAAAUAUAAGCUUUGGCUUGAACUUUGACCCAUGAUAACCUUGAUUUGAAGCAAUGUCUUCAGAUAAAGCCUUAACAUCAAUUUGUGUAUUAAUUGCAAAUCAAUAUAUCACUACUCAUAUCAGUCCAUCUUGACCAGUGGUGAACUCAUCAGUCCGUCUUGACCAGUGGUGAAAGAAGAUUUGGCUUAACAAAUAGAUAGCUAGGAAAGGUUAUCAGUUGUUUUUUUUAUAAUGACAGAAUUUGUAUGAUUGCAAAGAUAACAUGUGAAAGAAAGGUUAUUCAUACCAGAUCGUUAUUUAUUUAGAUCUUUUUAUUCUAACUGUUGAAUAUGUGCCUUGUUGUAUGUGUGUGUGUAUGGCCGUGCUAGAGAAUUUUGUAAAUGUUUGUUACUUUCGUCAUUGUUUUAUUUUAAUAAUGUCAACUGCUUACUGCUACCGGUACUAAUAACUUUGAUCAUUUAGUCUUAGGCUGACAUUAUGAACACAAUGUUUCAAUCCUAUGUGAUCAGCCCUUUUGAUCAGCCAUUUCUAAUAGAUAUGAGCAAAUGGUUAACUCUUUCCCUCCGUUACUAUUUUUUCACAUUCAGACGGAAUUCUUCAUUUUGCUCAUUAGUAUUUCACUACCAUAUUAUGAUUAAGCUUCAAUAGCUUUGUUCGUCGUGAUCAGAAAAUGUUUUAAUUGGUAUAGGGUUAAAGUGGAAUGCAUGCUCCUUCUAUAUAAGAAAGACAAUUUUUUUACAAUUAAAUAUUAAUUUCAUUUAAUGAGGUCAAAUCAACAAUGGUAUGGUCAAUUAGGAGAGAAAGAGUUAAAAGGGAGUUUGAAUGAUAAGUGUUUCUUUUAUUUUGAGAUAUAAAUGCAUCAGUGAAGCAAUAGAAUACUUAAACAUUGCAAAGAAUAGAGGUGAAUGUACAUUUUUCUUGGUAGCUUCUGGCACCUGAGCUGGACUUGCGCUGUGUAGCUUGGAGAAAUACUGUUCACAAAAUUGAGAUCAAACUAAACUCAGUGUACAAGUGUUAGAGAAUGUCACUGUGUGGCAUGAACCACUUGACUACCUAUCAAGGGGGCUUGAGUUCAAAUCCUGACUCGAGCUGAGUUGUUUGCUGAGCGCCUAAAAGCAGCACAUAAACCUUCUCCCAGAUUUAGUCUAAGUUCGCACAUGUCCACAAAAGAGCUCUGAAAAAUGCACUAUAGAAUAGCUGUCCAAAAACAAAAUGUAUCAUUUCUACAGCAUUUAGAAGUUUUAUUAGAAGGGCAUGCCUUUGUCAAGCUGAAAUUGUCAACUAUCACACACUGCAUCAAUAAGUCAGUUGUGACAGUAAAACAACAUGAAGUCACAUGUGACUGUCAUAUGCUGCUUGUGAAUGUUGUAAUAUUCUACCUUGCAAUAUUCUAACCUUUGACUCAUGCUUUUUGUAGUAGAGAUUGAAUCAUGUUCUACCCUGAUUUUUGGACUAGCAGAAUUAAUAAUGAGGUGACUUUUUUUUUUAGUAAUAAGAGUAAGCUGAGAUACUUAUACUAAGAGAAAAAAAUGAGUUGUAGAAAUAUCAAAAGUAUCUUAAAGGCACAGAGUUGAAAGAAAAAAAGAGUAUUCUGUAUAGCAAUGUCAGGGAUUCAGCAAUAAAGACAAUGUACAAUGUUUGAAUUUAAUUGGUAUAAGAAAGUUCUUAUUGUCGCCAUCAAUGAUAUAGCUCUAUAAAUUAUAAAUAAUAAUAGGCCUGUGUGUACUGUUGAAAAAAGCUGCUUCUUGAUCUUUGCAUUGUCCACCUGAAAAGUCUCACUGUGUUCAUGGACAGAACACAUUGUAAUAGUUUUGUGUAUUCCUAGACUUAAAACUAGAGCUUGUUUUUUUUUAUAUGCUCAGAUUUUGUCAAGCGCUUCUUUUCCAUUCCCGUACACAUUGACCAUCUUACCCUUUCACAUUGAAGACAGUUAUAUAUAUAUAUAGACAGUUAAGUACAGUAUCUUGUGCUUGAUCUUAAAUUGAAUCUUGUCAUUGUAGAAUUGUUAUACAUUUGCUGCUACUUUUGAAGGAUCACAAAAAAAAAAGAACAAUAAUCAAAUGUAAAACUGUUUCUCUCUCUUUGAAUGGAAUAAGAAGCAUGUCAGUGCAUACCUUGGGCUAUUUAAAGAAAAGUAAAAGACUUCUUCAUGACUUGAAUUUGAUUUGAAAUUUGUUUCUCUUUUGCUGUGAUGUGAAAACAAUUUUUAAAAAGUAUUGCAUUUUGAUUUGAGAAUAAAGCGAAGAUUUCUUGAUUCAUGAGUUUGUUGUUAGUCAAGUUGAUGUUGUUGCAUAAAAAAGGAAUGUUUGUCUUGGCAAUAUGGUAACAUAACAUUAAGUAACAGGAGUCUUGGCAAUAUGGUAACAUAACAUUAAGUAACAGGAGUCUUGGCAAUAUGGUAACAUAACAUUAAGUAACAGGAGUCUUGGCAAUAUGGUAACAUAACAUUAAGUAACAGGAGUCUUGGCAAUAUGGUAACAUAACAUUAAGUAACAGGAGUCUUGGCAAUAUGGUAACAUAACAUUAAGUAACAGAAGUCUUGUCAUUUCUACCAUUAAUGCUUUAACAGCACUUGCUAGUGAAUCAUUCUGAGUCCAGCUAGAGCACUAAUAAAUGAUACAAGCUUUGUGAAGUGAUUAUCUCAUCUCCUAACCAUGCACAUGACUUGACUAGAGCUAGAAGUGUGUAGAAUGUAACAUUUGAUUUCAAUACAUUCAAAUAAACUGGAUUAAGCUUUUGAAUGCUGUUUGGAUGCCUGCAUGGCCCUAUAAUAUGCUCUAUGGACUGUCGUCUUGAUGGUACUGGGUUUGAACCCUGGCCAUUGCCACAACUUGUCACCCUGGGGGAAGAUUUUUAGCUAAAGUGUACUAAUCUUGUAUUCUGGUGGGACAUCCAAAACAUAUCAAACAAAACAACAAAAUAAAAUGACACAGAAUACAGUGUAGGGAUUCAAGCAUCCUAUGAUUUAUGUCUUGAUUAUUAGACUAUUCGGGUUUGACUUUAUAGUGACUAUAAAUAUCUUUAGAGUCAGGAGGACUAAGGUAAGACAAGCUUCCAAAGGACAUAAAUGAUCUGAUUGGAUUGUGUGUAUUCAAGUUCAUGUUGGUCUGGUCUCUGAAAUCUAUUUGAAAAGUA